CGGGUUUCAACCCUUCCUGGCCGACCCAUUUCUUGAUUCAUGGAUGGACAGACACGAUGGCAAAACCACUAUGGAUUAACUUGAGGAAAGCGUUGGUAGACAGGGAUGAGCCAAGGAAUGUCAUCUGCGUGGACUGGAGCACUGGCGCGUCCAGCAAGUGGUAUCCUACCCCACGUGACAACACCCGUGUGGUAGGAAGGAUCAUUGGUAAGAUGAUCGAGCAGCUGGUCGACAAUAAGGGCGCCAGAUUUGAGGACAUGCAUAUCAUCGGCCACAGUCUGGGAGCUCACAUAGCUGGUUAUGCGGGAGAGGCACUCGGUGGCAGAGCCGGACGUGUCACAGGACUUGACCCUGCUGGCCCAUUGUUCGGUGGUACCGACGAUCAAUGUAAACUGGAUCGGUCAGACGCCAUUUUUGUAGAUGUCAUGCAUACUGAUGGAGACCUGGUUGCUUUUGGUGGUGCUGGAUUAAUGGAGGAGUGCGGCGACCAUGACUGGUACCCGCAUGGGGGUAAGGACCAACCCGGAUGUGGAAUGUUCGAUGCCGGAUGCGACCACAUGAUGGCUAUAGAGUACUUCACAGAAAGCGUCUUAAACAAGAAAUUUCCCGCGACCAAAUGGGCCAAAACCGUGAAAGACUUGUUCAAGAACCCGUCGGACUGCACAAAUGAAGGAGACUGCCCAGAGAUGGGUUUCCACGAUCGUGAUGACCCGAAAUACAGGGGAGGAGACUUCGAGAUGGACACGCCCCUCUAGAAUGAAUACAAGCAACUGCAAGGUUGAAUCCAUUAUUCGGAAUGGAACCCUGCAGGACCACAUACAGGGAUUCCUGUUAGUGACCUUCUAGAAAUUGUUCAAUUGUUGAGUAUCAAAUAGAUUAGGGUAUCUGGUUAUACCAUCUAAUUACCUUUUGUUUUGUCAUCUACCUUUGUGUGAUUAAUUUAGAGUGAAGAACGUUAGAUGAAUCUCAAAAGAUUCUUUGACAAUAGGCAAACAAUAACUAAGGACUUUUCUUUUCAGAAUUAAUUGAGGUUAACGAAUAAUCACUGUCAUUCCUUGAUUUUUUAUUGUAGACUGAUUUCGUCACUGGGUCCGUAAGACCGCUUUGGCUUUAAGAACCCCCCAACUCUCAACGCACAUCCUGAAUAGGAGCAAAGUGAAUUACUUUUACCAUUUUAAAUUGAAAUGUUUUGAAAUAAUUUACACGAUAAGUUGAAAUAAAUCCUUGAAUCGAAAGUUUAUGUGAAAUAAAAAAGACCUUUCAAUCCCACCUGUAUAGUUCA